CUGCCGGCUCACAGGGCCGCCGGGUCGCAGCCACCAGCCGCUGCCCACCCGCCUCCCGCCGCCGCCGCCGCCGCCGCGGAGCCAGCCGCAGAGGAGGACUCCGACUGGGACGACGAGGACGCCGGCGGCGCCGCGAGCGCCGCCCCCGACGCCAGUGCCUUCGUGCCCGCGCCCGUCGCCGCCGCGGGCCCGGCGCAGAGCCUCGGCAACGACAUGGACGACCUCUUGGCCGAGCUCACGACGAACGACCCGGCGGCGGUGCCGCACAGCAUGGUUCAAGGCUUCCACUGCACGGGGUGCGACUUCCAGGUGAUGCGGUGCGAAGACUUCGUCUGGGCGGAGGACGUCGAGUACAUGUUUCUCAGGAACAACUACCCGACGUUCGACAAGCUGCGCCGCCGCCUCGUGCGGAAGCAGGGCUGCCUGGCCUACUGCUGCCAGUGCUCCUGGAAGUCCGCGCACCGCGGCGCGCCCCUGGCGGACGUCGCCGACGGCCUGCGCUGGCGGGUCCUGAGCUUCUGAGGACCAGGAGGGACAACAAACACAGACACAAUGAAUCGUUGAUUCCCCCGGA